AUGAAUCUGACUUCUGGGUCUGAUCCGGCCCACUUCUUCCCUGAUAAACCUUCUGGUGGCUCUUUCCAGCAAUGGUCCAGGUACUGGAAUUUGCAUAACAUUAGUAUUUUGUCAAGAAAAGGAGGAAACAAUUCUGAGUCCGCUCUUAACAUGACCUUCCAGCUGCCUGAAGAGGAAUUUGAUCCACUGGGAGGUCACACUGUGUGGCAGGUCAUCAUCAUCGUCUUCCUCACCGGAUCCCUUUCUUUCGUCACUGUUGUUGGCAACAUCCUGGUUUUAGUGUCCUUCAAGGUAAAUAAGAGUCUGAAGACGGUUAACAACUACUACCUGCUCAGUCUGGCCUUCGCUGACCUGACUAUCGGCACUUUGUCAAUGAAUCUCUAUACUACCUACAUCAUCAUGGGCCAGUGGGCUCUUGGGCCGGUGGUUUGUGACUUGUGGCUUGCGAUAGACUAUGUGGCCAGUAAUGCCUCCGUCAUGAACCUGCUCGUCAUCAGCUUUGACAGGUAUUUUUCUGUGACCAGACCUUUGACCUAUCGGGCCAAACGAACAACCAAGCGAGCCAUGACCAUGAUUGGACUAGCCUGGUCCAUCUCUUUCAUUCUCUGGGCCCCAGCCAUACUGUUCUGGCAGUACAUUGUGGGUGAGCGCACGGUCCAGCCAAAUGAGUGCUAUAUCCAGUUCUUGUCCGAGCCCAUAAUUACCUUCUGCACUGCUAUUGCUGCGUUCUACUUACCAGUGAGUAUCAUGGCCAUUUUGUUUUGGAAGAUCUACCAGGAGACAGAGAAGAGAGCUAAAGAUAUACAAGGUCUCAAGGGAUCUGGGUCAGGCACCAACCCGAGCCAGGCUCAGAACCUGGACAAUGGCGGUGGAAAAGAUGCAGUUGGCAGCCAGAGGAUGUCAUCAAUCAUGCUGCGCCAGAUCAGCUCCCAAAGCGCCAGCAGUAGUGAAAUCUGUUUGUCUUCUCCAGAGAGAAACAGGAACAAUAAUUCCACCUCACCAGGAGUGGAAAACCAAAAGUGCUGUAGAACGCUAUGUUUUCAAUUCUCAGCCUUCUGGACUCGUUUUCCUGCAUCAAACAGAUCUUGCAACACAACAACAAGUACAGUAGAGGAGGCCGAGCGCAGCAGCGUUAACGGGGACAUGGCUGCUGCUUCAGAGAUGAACAAGAACAGCCAACAUUAUGAAAGCAUCAAAGUUCAGAAAGGCUCAGAUGGACUUACUCCCUCAUCUUCUCUUGACCAGUCAGUUGCUAAGGCAACCAGAGAUGCUGUGCUUGCCAAACGCUUUGCCACUAAAGCAAAAAUAGAGAUCAAUAAGCGCAAAAAUGAAAAAAAGGCAAAUGAAAAGAAAGCAGCAAGAACUCUGAGCGCUAUUCUGUUUGCAUUCAUAACCACGUGGCUGCCGUACAACAUCAUGGUGUUGGUCAACACUUUCUGUCAGGACUGUAUUCCAGAAUCUCUGUGGGCUCUGGGGUACUGGCUGUGUUAUGUUAACAGCACAGUGAACCCCAUGUGCUACGCUCUGUGUAACAAGACCUUCCGGACAACCUUUAGGGAUAUAUUAAUAUGCCAGUGGAAUCAAAACAGGAAAAAGCCCAAUUUUAAUCAAAGGCAGGCUGUUGGCUCCCGAAAGGAGCCUAGAUAG